UCCUUGGGACAGCAAUCUACAAUGUAAAAGAUUUUAACCAAGCUCUAUUAUCAUUUUGGUUGAAAAUGUUUUCAUUUACUAUAACUGAUGCAGACCUUAUCUUUUAACUAUUUAUUAGUUAGUAUUAUUGUAGUUCACAAGUUAAUAAGUGGAACUUGAAUAAUUUAAAAGGAGACAAAGUGAAGUAUGUUUACCUGUUCCUACAACAGCUUGUGUUCUCUCAAAGAAGAACUGAUAUUUGUGGUGACCUAGAUGUAUAAUUGAGAGAUACCUAUAAGAGUUUUUGGUUACAUGUAAUCACAUCGUUUUCACAGUUAAAUUAGGCUAUUUUUUUGGAUGAUAUAGAAUGGCUAGUUUUAUCUAUUAGACACAGCUACAAGGAAUUAACUAAAAGGAAGUUAAGUCUUCCAAAUACAUCCAAGAAUUACAGUUGUGUAGCAAUGUUGAAUAGAAUUACUACGAAAUCUUAGCAUUAUUUUCCUUAAUGGUGAUUCGAGAAUUAAUUUGAUGCCUUCUAUGAAAGCCGUUCUGUACUAACCACUCGAUUGCUUCAGAAAUUUAGUUUGGUUGGUUAGUAGGUUGACAUUGCUGUACAAGAAACAUUGAGCUGUGAAUCUCCCCUCUUUUUUGGGAUGGAAUCUCCUCUCUUUCUUGGGAUGAUAAUGAGUAUUGAAUUGUAUUUUGUGUAUAUACCUAUCCUAUUUCCUGUAAUUCUACUAAUAUUGCCUGAAUUGUUUGGUUGUUCAUUAUCUGAUGGUAGUAAAUGCUUUGAUAAAGUACUGUUAGAGUCAUGAAUAACUUACAUUCUGGUGCAAGUCUAGGGUUGUGGUCAUACUACACGCAAGGGCUUUAACUUCUGCAGAAGUCUGAAAGAAGACAUUUUAGUUUGUUUUAGAAUUUUUUUCAUAAUAGAGGUAUGAUUAAUGUUACAUUUCAUGAUUACAAGAAAUUAAGUUCUCUUUUUACCAUAGUGCAUGUUGUAGCUGUAGCAUCUUUCAGUAGUUUGACAGCUGUAUCCAUGAGGAUUAAAUUCUUCGAAGUAUCGGUAUAUAAAUUUUCCACUCAUUUUCCUGAAAGAUAAGUUGAAUAAGCAAUACCCUUCAUUUGGUCUGAAAAUAUGUUGAGAUCCUUGUGUACAGAUGUUGUAUAGAUUUGUUCUGAGAACCAAACAGUUUUUCAAAAGUAUUGUUUCAAUGAAGAACAGUGUUUUGCGUGACAUUUCGCGUGACAUUUUGUUAUUGAUUUCAACAGUUUAAUAUUACACUUUCUAUCAAAUGUGAUUACAUUGAUUGACAUUGCAAUUUGAGCAGCUCGAUGUAGGAAUCGUUUUAAGUUAGUUUUACACGUGUCGGAAUGGAUAGCUUCUCGUCUUAAAGGUUUUUUACAGUCUAAUUAGACUCUGGAAUCCCGUCACGAAGUGAGUCAGUUUAAGGUAUUCCUGGAGGCUAUUUUAAGCAUUUUUGUUUGAUAUCUUUUGUAGGAAUUUUCUAAGAUAUAUUUACUCAAAGUCUGCCAUAUUAACACCAUUGAAUAAUCAUUUCAAGUACCUUCUGACAAAAUUGUUUUUUCUCAGAAAGAAUGUAAAGUAUUUCUGGAAUUUGACGUAUAUGUGGGCGUGGCCGUAGCCAUGUCACAUCAAACUUUCCUAAAAAUCUUGAGUAAAAUUUAUCCAUUGGGCAUAACCUCUGGCCAAACAAUGCCCAUCAAUAUUUUCUACAUUGCUUUGGCAGUGCGCCAAAAUUAAUAGAUACCAGAAUAUUUUAAGCCGCUAAAUCUGAUAUCUCUAGUCCGUGAAUUUUGUGGAGCCACCACCAUUCAUAUAUCUGAGAAGAACUGACCUGCUGCCAAGGAACUAUUCGUAGAUAAGUUUAGUUCAUAUCCUCCAAGUUUCAAGUCUUUCUGUCAAAAUCACACAAAGAAGUUACAACUGGCAAAGCUCUCCUCAAAAUUUGGAGGCCAUUUACGUCAAAAAAUCAUUCGCAAAUUGAAGAGAAAUCGAUUAAGCAAUCACGGCCCGAAACCCCAUGUAGCUACGAAGGUACACUGUAUUGUGCAGAGGAGGAAAACAUAUUUCGAAGAUUCCGCAAUGCCUAAAACGAAAGCGUCUAUAAGCAGAAAAAAGCAUCGGAAAAGGCUCACAAAGCCCGAGGUUAUGGUUCGAAAGCAAGAAUCCGUUUAGAUUUUGAAAAGUUGAGAAACGCAGGAUGGACAAUUGAAGAACGGCAAACAAAAUCUGGCUCAACAGUUCACUUCAAAUACCGAAAUCCCGAUGGUAAAACUAUCAAAAGUGCUAGAGAAGUUGAGUGUCAGUUAGAAGCUGAAGGAACUCUCCACAGUUUCAUUAUGGAUGAAAGUAAGGGAAAAAAAUCGAUGGAGACUCCUCAACAAGCAGAUGACUUGUCAUUGUCUGACGGCUCUGAGGACUCUGAUUAUGAGCCUCCUGAAAAACAAGCGCCAAAAGAAAUAAAGGCCACUAAAUGGUAAGAUACUACAUGUAAAAAUUCAUUAUAUAAAACUCUCUGUACACAAGGUCGGUAGAAAAGCUAAACCCUUUAUAAAGAUUUCACAUGUUAGAUAUGUUCCUCGUGGGAUUUGUGUGAGUAAAUAUUGAACGGAGAAGAUCUGUGCCUUCAUGCGAUAAACAUUGUGGAAACAUUGAGCAAUGGAAUUCAGUGUAUAUUACUAGGUUGUAAUUUUAUGUGUUUCACUGACGAUCUUUGGUUUGGUCUUCUUUCGGUUUUAUUAAUCGGUAACGCUUGUUGCAUACUACAACUGAUAUUAAUUAAAAAAACUAAAUCUGAAUAUCUUUGUGUGGAAUUUACAUUGCAUUCCUGACUCUAUGGCUAGUGUCUAGAGAAUAUUCUUGAGGUAAUAUCUUGCCUUGAUACUUUUUUUGCAGUGUCAGUGUGCCAGAAGGGCUAUUUGUUGCGACCACCUCUAGCAUCGUCAAUUGCGUCGAUGAGAUAAACCACUAUUUCAAGUGUUCCUCAAACAAUGGAAAAUGUAGAGGCAAACUUGUACUCGCGGCAUAUAGCAAGAAGGGUUGUGGAGGGGCAAUGAUGUUCACAUUCAAGUGCCAUGGUUGCUGGACUGUCGAGAUUGAUUAUAAGAGUAGCCAUCUUGCCCGAGAAUCUAGACAGGAACUUGUGUCCUUGGCCCUUUCCCUGGCCUUUUUUAUCAGUGGGCAUGGGUAUGCUGGGUAUAGGAAGACCUUGGGAAGAGGCUUGGGUUUGGGAAUAGUUUCAGAAAAGCCUUAUCUUGAAGUUGUAGAUCUAGCCCUCCCCUACAUAAAAUCAAUGCUGGAUGAGAUGUGCAAUGAAGCAAAAGAGAAAAUGAAAGAAAUUGCACAUGAUCAAAUAGGCAGCUGGUCAAGAGCAGUGACCUGCUGUGAUGGUUGUUGGCUGAUUAGAGGGCACUUCAGCCAAAAUUGUACAUUUGUCAUUAAGAAUUAUAUAACAGGUGCCCUUCUCUACUAUGGUCAUCUGUGUAUGAGAGGAGCAGAAACUAUCUGUGAUGAGGAGCUCUGGCAAGGGACAGCUAAGGCAGCAGAGGGCCACCUAAGUCAAGUCCUUUGGGCCAAAGCUAAGGAGGAGGGGCUAAAUGUAGAAGUGAAUUGGCAGGAUGCUGACUCAUCCUCAGCCAAGGGGUUUCGCCAUUCUUACUCUAACGAGCAAGAAAGUAAAAUUAUGUUGUGUGGGGGUCAUGUCGGGAGGGCUCAUGGCAAGAAGCUGGAGGAACUGAAGACUAAGUCUUCUUUUUCUUCUGCAUUCAUUGCCUUGCACAAGGAACAGUUUCCAGGCAUUAUCUCAGCAAAAUGUUGUUGUAUUGGGAAAAAUCACACCUUUGUGGCAACCCGAAACAAACCUGUUUGUGGAUGUAUUGGACCAGGGUUUAUACAAAAUGCAAAACGUAAUCAUUACUGUGCCCUUGUCCAUGCUGGGAAUAGCCCUGAUAAGUAUAGGGAAACUAUGUUGGCCCUGGGAAGAUAUCACAGUAAAGAUAUGCAUGAAUGGGAAGGGGGUUCUUGUACCUUUCACCCAUUGGUUAAGUGCAGCUGUAAGAAUUGUGAAGCUGAUGUUGAUGGGUUUUACUCAGAGCUGAAAUGUUCUGGUGAGGACUAUCACUCAGCCCACAUCCUGACUUGCGAAUUUCAUGCACUUGCCUAUGAGAUAGAGUGCACUCAGAGGGCUGAAGAUGCUGAGAAGGUCAUUGACCCUGAGUUGGGAAAAGGUCAUUCCAACCUCCCUGAGUCCACAUUUAGUGUUCUCACAAAAUUUAGGGCCAAGGACACUAAUUUGCACAUGAAGCACUACCAUGCUGCAACCAAUCUGGGGUUGCUUCAGGCCAAUAUGACUUGGUGCCACAGAAAUAGAGGACCAGAGUACCACUGGAUCCCAGAACUGUACUCCAAAAUGGGUCUACCUGUCCUUGAUGGGAUUCAGGAAAUGUGUCAACACGACAAUGAAAAAAGGUACAAGAGGCUGCAGCGCUACAAAACAGUGGAAGGGAAGAGAAAAAGGGUUCAAAGGAAGGUCAACCGUGCUGAGGAGCAGAAGCUAAGGAAGAGAUAUGUAAAAAAUUGCCAGAUUCAGCAUACAUAUGGAGAGGAUGUCGAGGAUGAUCUGAUGGAAGAAGAAGCAGUACUGCUUACCGAGUCUGCUAUAAAUGAUGGAACUGCAACUGCUCUUAUUAUACCUAACACAAUUACACCAGCCCCUAAUGGAGCAGUUGUUGAAGUUGGAGGGAAAAAGUGUAAAUGGUGUGCAAGCACUACCCACUCCCGUAAGAGCCACAAAGACUGCCCUUACAAUAAUUCAAGGGUUUAAGGUUUUUCUCAGACUGGGGGAUAUUUCUUUGCAAUAAUAAGGCUAAAGAGAUAAAAACCUUAUUAUUGAAAUAAGUGUAUUUCACUGGUACAUUGCUUAGUAGGAAAACUCACAAGGAGUGCCCCCAUAACCCAAAAAAUGCCUCAAGUUCUAGUUGAGAACUAUUCUUCAAGUGUUGUUUUGAUUUGAUAGCCAUGUAAAUAUUAUAAUUAAGAGAUACUCAAAACUGUAGCAACUUUCAACAGAAAGAAACUUAGAAUUGCCAUGAUUUUAUGCACAUUUUCCUGCUAUUGAAGCCAUUUACAUUGACUGCUUGUGGUAUUGUUUGAUUGGCCUUAGGUUUUGUUUGACAGCACUCAAUUGAAAAGUGCUCUAUUAUCAGAACAUGCAACAAAUUAUUUGAGAGGUAACAAAAGAGAUGACACUUCCCCUUAAAAAUGGUAUUAUUAGAAUAAUAGUAAAAUAGACAUAUUCGAAGUUCAAAAUAGAUUUAUUUGCAAUCUUAUUGACAUUUUUCCUCGUUUCAUAAUCAAACCAAAAAGUGUGUAAAUCAAUCAAUGCACAUUGUUAAAAAAUAGUUCAGCUAGAAAUAAUAGAAUAGAUAUUGUUUACAUUUUGAUUUGUGCCAUUUUUAUACUCAACAUUUUCAUACAAAUAAUCAAAAAUUCAGAAUUAGAUAAUUACAUUUUAAAUAUCCAACCUAUUUUCCCUCCUUUCCAUAUCAUAAAUAAAAGCCACAAAUAAACCAAUUUCACUUUGUUACAAUCUUUUGAAAACUACAAACAAUAAAAUAGAAAUGAUGAAACA